UAUAAAUCUGAAGAAAUCAAAUCAAAUAAAAAUAAUCGAUUUUUUUAAAUAAAUAUUUUUAUCAAUACAAAUUAAAAUCGAAUUCAUCGAAAUAGAGCACCGAGUUUCCCCCGCCGCAGUCUCCGCCGGCGACGUUUUGGUUUCCGAUUCAGUCGUUCCUGCUUCCGACGGUCUUGAUAUUCUCGACAGGCGUAGUUUCUGCAUGGAUCUGCCCCACCAGCGCAUUGAGCAAUCUCAGGUAACUCCUCACGACGACAUCGAUGAUGACGGGGUUGUGGAGUUGAGGUCCGAGUCGGGUUUUGGGUUUAUUGAGGGAAAUUACGGUGUGGAUAUGGAUUGUUUGGAGGUGGAUUCGGUGUUGGGAUUAGAAUCUGGUGGUGGAUUUUUGGUUGAAAACAUAGGCGAUAGUGAUAUUGAUGUUAGUGUUGAUCUUAGCCCUGAUGAUUAUGUCGGACAUGAUGAUGUCGAUUUCUACAUAGAGAGGAGGGCUUUUAGGGUGGAAUCUAGCGGCGAUGCAUCGACUCGGAUUGAUAUUCGUGUAAUCGAGUCGGGUUCUGAUGAUGGUGAGGAUGACCUAGAGAAUGAGAAUGAGAGGAAUAUAUGGGGAACACAAUUGAAUGUGGAGGAUGUGUAUGUGAACGAUGAUGGUGAUGAUGAAGAUGAUGCCAUUCUUUGUUGGGAAUCACUUCAAUUGGAAGAUCGCGGAGCGACGAAUGAGGAUUUCGAGUGGGAGGAAGUCGAUGGUGGUGUAAUGGAUGAGAGAGAGGCUUUAAGCGUUUUUGCCGAAGCCGAUAAUGAUGGUGACAAUUUGGCUUCCGUCUCUGUCUCAACGGUUAUCACACUUGAGGAUUCAGCUAGUGAUGAAAGGCCAGAGGGUUUGGGGUGGGAACUCUUGUUGAAUUCUCAGAAUCUCGAGGCUAAUCCCGGGUUGCAAAGCAACGAGGAUCGGUAUCUGGCUUUUUAUCUUGACUAUAUUCAAACAACUGAGAUGCCGUUUGGGCAGUUCGCUGAGGGCAACAUCUCGGCUCUUGGCCAACCUCCAGAGCUUUCGUUAGAAACCUUCCAUCAGUUCUUUUGACCAAAGAGGACGUGGGGAAUGAUCACGCGCUCUGUGCGGUUUGCAAGGGCGAGAUGAGAGUUGGAGUCAAGGCUACACAAUUGCCUUGUAGUCAUAGAUACCAUCCCGAAUGCCUUCUUCCGUGGCUCGGGACAAGGAACAGGGCUUGUUCUAUUAAGCAGAGAUUAGUGAUGAUGUUUCAAAGAGAUUGCGUGAAGGAAGAUGAACAUUUGUUUAAGGGUAAGCAAUAGAUGAAUAUGAGGGAAAUAUCUAUGCAUCUAUAUUCAUAUGGAUCUCUUGCCUAAGUUUUUUCACCAUUGGAAACUAUUCAUACACCCAAUGUAUUGAAUAGAGAGAGAUGCCCGAAAACAACUUAUUCAUAAUCUUGUUCAGGAAAAAAUUAAUGAAUAAUCUUGCAUGCGGAUGUGUUUUAUUA